AUGCCUCUGACGUCCCUCAUCGAUUUAGAGAUAGGUAGUCUAGCUGGAACGCCGGACGGGGUACUUGAGGUGGCAAAGCGGUUCUACGAGAACCUUUACGCCGAGCCAACUCCGCCCUCGGCCGACUUUCCGUUCGUAAAAAAACGAUCAGCGGCCGCGGCGCGUCGCCAGCUUCCUCUCACCGUCGCGGCCACGACGCGAGGGCUUCCCCUCCUCACCCGAGCGUCGUCUGCCUCUCCCAGCGGGGCUAGCCCAACCUGUCCCCAGCGGAGUGCAAGGCAUCAGGCAGCAGCAGAAGCGCGUCGAGCCGGUCGACGUGUGGCAGCGGCGGGAGUAUCGAGAGCGUGCUGCGUGAAGAUAUUGUUGGGGCGGUGGUGCGCGCGCGAAGCAAGCGGCGGUGCUCGUUGGUGUGUUGACGUGCCAUGUGAUCGGUGCUGCAAUGGCCCCGCGAUUGGAGGACAGGCGCCGCUGCCUGCUGCUGGGCAACUGCCUGGUGGUGGUGUGUCGCCGGUGGGCAGCGACGACGACCAGGAUGAGGCGUCGGCCCAGGACAGGGCAGGCCCGCCCGGCUGGUCCCUAUUCCGCGGUUUCGUCCACGAAAAUGCGCAAUGCUUCUGGAACCAGUGCCUGGUGCAAAGCGUCGCCUGCCUGGAAUAUCGCGGCUACCUGAUCCCUUCGACCAUCUUCGUGUCCGGCAACGAGUACACACUCGAAGUGGUGCGCUCCGCCUGGUCCCGCCGGGUGCUGCGUCCGCCGGUCGGAUACGAGAUACAGAAACUCGAAUGUGUUGGACAUGAGAGGCUCAAUCGCCGUUGCAACCUGUGUGGCCCCAACGGCUAUCGAAGCUCUCUGCUUGUGUAG